GAGAGAUCCAGGGAAGAUGGGGCUCAAGGGGAACAAGCGCUUCGGCGGCGGCGGCGGUGGCGGCCAGCCGCCGGCCAAGCGCCAGGCGGCCGGGAAGGACGGCCCCUCCGAGGAAACCGACGACGGCAUCGUCGUCGCGCAGAUAUCGAAGAACAAGAGGGUGGCUGUGCGGAGCUGGAAUGGCAAGGUCAUGGUCGACAUGCGCGAGUUCUACGUCAAGGACGGCAAGAGCCUCCCGACCCGCAAAGGUAUAUCGCUCUCAAUGGAUCAGUGGGAGAUACUGAGGGACAACAUCAAAGCCAUAGACGAGGCCGUCAAGGAGAACACCUAAUGGAAAAAGCGGUUAAGGAGAUAUUGCUGGGCAAAGUUUUGCUCAUUCGCUGCUUAAGUAUGCUAUAGUACCAGUAGUCUAGGGCUGUUUCUAGUCCCACUGUACCUGGAAUGUCGUACUUAUGGUGGGCUCUAAGUACUGUUGUCUCAAAGGUGACCUAAUGCUAAUGGUAGAAUGGUUUAGUUUA